AUGCCCGAUACAGCUCUAUUUGUUCAUUCAGGGACCCCUCUCCUCUACAUUUUGGUUUACGUCGAUGAUAUCAUCGUCACUGGGUCCAGGCCUACUGCGGUCCAACAACUUAUUACCUCUCUUGGUACGGAAUUUGCAAUUAAAGACCUCGGCUCUCUCUAUUAUUUUCUUGGUAUUGAGGCAGUUCGAACAGCCGAUAGCUUAUCUCUCUCAAAGACCAAGUAUACUCUUGAUCUUCCUCGCAAGGCAAAAAUGGAAGCCGCUAAGCCUAUGCCAACUCCCAGUUCUACUACUACUCUUUCUCAUGCUCGAGGGGAUUCGUUUCAUGAUCCCACUCUUUACUGCAGCAUUGUCGAUGCCUUGCAAUACCUCACCUUGACCAGACCUGACAUUGCCUUCUCAUUCAACAAGGAUCAGAUAGCUGACAUAAGUGACAUCAUAACUAAAGGGCUCCCUGCUCUGUGCUUUAACGUUCUUCGUUACACAUUCUAUCUCUCCAUCUCAUACUGA